UCCCUCCUAUUAAUUUGAUUCCCUACCAGGCUGCCAUUUCAUUUUCUUUAACCUUCCAUAUCUCUUUCUCUCUUCUCUCUUUCUCUCUUCUCUCUUCUCUCUUUCUCUAUCCACAAAUUCCACCACCCCUUCCCCCCCACUUCCUGGAAAUCCAUAUAUAUCCUCGAAGAACCCCCUUCUUAUAAUUCUCUUUCUCUGUUGCUGACAAUUUUUGCCACAAAAAACUUUUGUCACUUUUUAUAGAGUGUUUCUAUUUGCCAGCAUUGCAGGUGGGUAAUUUGGGAAUAUAUUAAUUUCCACAUGGGGAGGCAUUCUUGUUGCUACAAACAGAAGCUUAGGAAAGGGUUGUGGUCUCCUGAAGAAGAUGAGAAACUACUGAAUUAUAUCACCAAGCAUGGUCAUGGUUGCUGGAGCUCUGUCCCUAAGCUAGCUGGUCUGCAGAGGUGUGGGAAAAGCUGCAGACUGAGGUGGAUUAAUUACUUGAGGCCUGAUUUGAAAAGAGGACCAUUUUCACAGCAAGAAGAGAAUUUGAUCAUAGAAUUGCAUGCAGUUCUUGGAAACAGAUGGUCUCAAAUUGCAGCACAGUUACCGGGACGAACAGAUAAUGAGAUAAAAAAUCUGUGGAAUUCUUGCAUUAAGAAGAAGCUGAGACAAAGAGGCAUUGAUCCGAAUACACACAAACCGCUAUCAGAGAUUGAGAAUAUUGAGAAAGACAAGAUAAUUACAUCCAUGACCAACAACAACAACAACAAAAGCAGCAGCAUUCUUACUAAUAAUAAUAAUAAUAAUGAGAAAGCUUCUGUUGGAUCCAACGAACUGAAUAUGAAUAUCAUCGAGGCGGCGGUGGUUAAUUCCAAGCAACCUACCAGUACUAUCACCAGUACCACAAUUGCUUUGGAAAGAUAUCCCAUCGAAGUCUCAUCGACUUGUUCCAAGAUCAACAAUAAUAACAACAUCACAACCACCACCGCCACCAAUAGUAGCAGCAGCAAUUUAACUGCUCCAACUCCACCGACGCAAGAAUUCUUCCUGCAGGACAGGUCGGAAAGCUCCACUACCAGUUGCAGACCUUCUUCUCAUCAUCAUCAUCAUCAUGAUUUCGUGGGUUAUUUCGCUUUCCAGCAGCAGCAUCACCACCACCACCAAUCCGAUUAUGGUUCUGAGAUGGGGCUUUCUAUAAACCACCACAACAAUAACAACAAUAACAGUUUUAGCUUCAUUCAGAAUUCCAGGUCUUCUUCUGAAAUGGCAACCGAACUGAUCCACUCCAUGUCCAAUUCAUCGUCAAUUUUCGCCGCUCCUCCUCCUCCUCCGCCGCCGCGUGUAAAGCCUUCUAUCAGUCUUCCUUCCGAUCAUCAUUGCGAUGUGAAUUGGGAAGCUGCUGCUGCCGCUGCUGCAGCUGCAGGUACCUUCAGUAAUGCUAACAAUAAUAACAGCAACGGAAGCAGUAGCUGCGGUAUGGAAUUGCAAAGCAAUAGCAAUAACUUUUUCGAGAACACUAGCAACAGUGGUUUUCCUUGGGGAGUAUUGCAGAGUUCGGAGACGACGAUGAAAUCUGAUAAAGAUGAUCAACAAGUGGUGCAUGUCAAUCCCUUAGCUGGUGAUCCGGAAGAGAUUAAAUGGUCUGAAUAUCUUCACAACUCUUUUCUUCUUGGAGGAGCGUCAAGUAGUAGUACCAGUACUAGUACUACUAACAUGUUUAAUAGUGAUGUUAAACCAGAAACACACUUGUUAACAAAUAGGUCAAGUGCUACUGCUGCUGCUGCCACUUGGCAUCAUCAUCUUCAUCAUCACCUUCAUCAGAACCAGCACCAGCAGGUUUUUCAAGCUUCAGAAAUGUAUACCAAAGAUCUGCAGAGACUUGCUGUAGCUUUUGGACAAACACUAUGAAAGAUGUUGUUCAUCAUGUGCAGAGUACUCUUAAUUGAAGAAAAAUUAUAAAAAAAAAAAUAAUGAUAAUAAUAAUAAUAAUCAUGGAAAAGUAUUCAGUUUGAUGAGGAGGGGGUUGGGAAAAGAGGGGAAAAAAAAAAAUUAAAAAGAUGGAUAUUUUCUUUGGUUACAGGUGUGUUGUGAUAGAUUUUCUUUUCUUUUCUUUUCUUUUUUUCUUUUUUUUAAUUUUUGUAAAUGUUUCUGAUACCGGAUCCAACUUCUUCGACUUCAUUUU